AGUAUGACGAGGAGGCAUAUGAAAUCAGCGAUACGUCCGCAGCCGAUCAGAUUAGGACAGAAAUUUGGGGUUUCCGUUCUGCUAUUCGGUGUGGGAUAUGGCAUGGCUGCUUAUGUACAUGGAGAUUAUGUAGCAGAUCUAGAGAAGCAGAUGAAACAGGCGCUUGCGGAAUGGAAUGAGUCUCGCGAUUAAGCAACUUACUGAACAGAAUCAUGCCAUUGACAUGUUUUUUGGCUUAUGUUUUAGAUCUUCAUCAAGUAACUGCGUUGUAUUAAACUUUCUCUAGUAGGCCUAAUUAGUUGUCAUGUCUUUCUUCUAAAUUAGCUGUCAUGUCUUGCUUCUAAAUUAAAGAUUUUCUAAGUGUUGUCAUGUAUUACUUCUAAAUUAAAGAUCUUCUUUGACUUAUUAACCCAGCUUUCUCUAGUUGGCCUUAUUA